UGGGAUUCUAGCACAGUAGGAAGCCUCAUAAUGCAGCUGACAUGGACAUACAUCUAAUUUAAAUUGGCUGUGUUACAUGCAAUUUUGUAUUAAAAGUCAAGUCAAAUUAUUUGAUGUGAUGUAAUUUUUGCAGUCUUCAGGGUGCUGUGAUCUUUACACAAUGGGUCAGCGUCUGAGCGAGGAUAGUGACCCAGACAAAGAAAUAGAUGUGGCAGAGCUGCAGGAAUGGUACAAAAAGUUUGUUGUGGAAUGCCCAAGUGGAACUCUGUUCAUGCAUGAGUUCAAGAGUUUUUUUGGGGUCGCCGACAACAAAGAGGCUUCAGAUUACAUUGAAAACAUGUUCCGAGCCUUUGACAAGAAUGGAGACAACACCAUUGAUUUUCUCGAGUAUGUUGCAGCUUUGAACUUGGUCCUGAGGGGGAAAUUGGAGCACAAGCUUAAAUGGACAUUCAAAAUGUAUGAUAAAGAUGGAAGCGGGUGCAUUGAUAAAACAGAGCUUCUGGAAAUUGUGGAGUCUAUUUAUCGACUGAAGAAAGCCUGUCACGGAGAGCUGGAUGAAGAAUGUAAUCUGCUGACCCCAGACCAAGUAGUGGACCGGAUAUUUGAGCUGGUUGAUGAAAACGGAGACGGCGAACUCUCUCUGGAUGAGUUCAUCGAUGGAGCACGGAGGGACAAGUGGGUGAUGAAGAUGCUGCAGAUGGAUGUCAACCCUGGGGACUGGAUCAAUGACCAAAGACGCAGUGCGAACUUCUAAGGCUGCAGCAUGGACUGUCAGUCUGUCACAUGGGCCAGAGUGUGACACCAUCCUCUUGUUGUUGUAUGUAAAUAUAACAUUUCACACGAUGAGCAUCUGUAAUGUACAGUUGUGAAACGUUUACACUCAAAAUAAAAAAAAAAUAUAGUAUGAUUAUUAA